AUGAAAGAUCAAGAUACGACACAGUUGUUGUCUGAUCGCCGAAACGGCAGAAUAUCGGCAUCUUCACAGGAAGAGUGUGAUUUGAAGGACGAGAUAGUCUCCAAUGUAUCGGGUGAUUCAGAACCCUGGGGAGCGGGUGCUGGAACAAUAGCCGGAUCGCAAGCCUGCGAUGCUUCUUGGACCACAGCGGCUUUGACGCGGCGAGUAGAAGAGCUCAGUGCCGAGGUCAAUCGACUGAAACGGCGAACAAAGGAUAGAGGUCAAAAUGGGCAUAGCCAGAAACCUCGUGUCAAGAUUGUAUCCAGGUGGCAGACUCUUUAUCGCAUCCACGGUGGAAUCCAUCUACGAGAACCGUUCUGGAUAGACGCCCAAAAUGGAUGUUUCGAGCUCAAGGGCGAUACGCGAAUUUCGAACAUAAACAACUAUCUCAGGCGCCACGACGAUGUUGUUUUCGUUGCCUUCAGGGAUUAUGACGGUUAUGUAGAACUUUCGGCGACUACUCAAUUGGCCGAAGACGAUUCUCUACCACAACCACAACCCUUGUCAGAAUCGGUGAUGCUGACCUCUCCACAAAUGAUUUCUGUCAUGAAAAAAUUCUUGAGUGUUAUUCCGGGUUUUAAGGAGUCAUUUCCUGAGUUUGAUCCAACCGAAGAGAUUCAUGAACCAUAUCUGUUCUGGUUUUUCUCUCGAACAUAUGUUGAAGAGGCACUGAAGUCAUUGUCUGCAAAGGAUAAAAAGCUGAUUAAUCUCUUUCGAGAUUGGAUUGAAGGCUCAUAUGGGGAAGAGUGGAGCUAUAUCGAUUCUGAGUUUGAGAAGGGUGUGGUAUGUCCAAUGUCAGUGAAAUACCUGGUUCGUCCUGGUGAUGUCCUGAUCUCGCGCAAAGCCGAAAAGAUCGAUGCAUAUAUCGCAACGACUUGGCCACAGUUUUUCGAACCAAAGUCAUCCAGAAAUCAAAAGGUUGCUAAAGAAGACUAUUUGUGGACCAUCGAAGCGUGGUCUUGGUCAUUCGAUGGUGAAUUCAAAAAGACAACACAGGUUCUCCGCCUCAAAAUCGCUGCUCGGACGGAAAGGGUUAGAAUUCCCAUCACCUCUUUAGAAAUUUUCCCCCUCAAAUACGACGACACAGGCUUAGAGGCUAGACUAAAGAAAAGGGGUGAAAUAUUUUGGAAAUGUAGAGAAAGAUAUCUGGUUUCGUGUGUUGACCAUUUUGAAGAUGAGAUCAGUGUGGAUAGAGACAGAUACAUGGUCGAUGUGGCAACCUAUUCUCAAUAUAGGCGAAAAAAGAAUGAGAAAAAUAUGGCGUUAACAUUGAGUUUUCACGCUACCAAGUCGGGUGAUAUGCUCGAGUCGACACUCAAACUGGACAAAUUCCCGGAUACCUCGGAGCUGCUCGUGUUUCCGAGAUCUGUCGUGUCGUAUGAUCUCAGGCGUAAGCUUUGGAUUGACCUCCAAGUGGACCACAUUCGAGAAGUAGUGUGGAAUACACAGGCGUUUGAAAGUUUAGCAAUCGAUGACGAUGCCAAAGAGCUACUUGAGGCCGUAGUCACGAACCAGAUUGCAUCAUCCAAAGGCACAGAUAUUAUCGCCGACAAAGGCAAUGGUCUUAUCAUCUUGUUACACGGCGGCCCAGGAACAGGAAAGACCUUUACAGCAGAGAGCAUGGCAGAUUUUGCAAAGAAACCUCUGUACCGUGUUACCUGUGGCGAUAUAGGAACAAACCUAGAGCAAGUGGAGACUUACCUUGAGUCCGUACUUCAUCUGGGUCAUAUAUGGGACUGUGUGGUCCUGCUGGAUGAAGCAGAUGUUUUCUUAGAAGAGCGAGGUCAACAGGAUCUAGCACGGAAUGCUUUGGUAUCGGUGUUCCUGCGCAUUCUCGAGUACUAUCAAGGCAUUUUGGUUCUCACUUCCAAUCGAGUGGGCACUUUUGACGAAGCUUUCAAAUCACGAAUCCAGCUGACUCUGCAUUACGACAAGCUCAGCCUUGCGCAGCGUCGCAAAAUAUGGCGGAAUUUCAUUCAAAGGCUCAAGAACCUGGGGGAUAACAAUGUCGAUUUUGACGAUAUAAACGAUCAUAUCGAUAAUUUGGUCACGCGAGAGAUGAAUGGGCGACAGAUUCGCAACGUCAUCACGACUGCACGUCAGUUGGCACAAUACCGUGGCAAAAACCUCUGCUUUUCGCAUUUGGAACACGUCAUGAAGAUUGCCGACAAGUUCGAUACAUACAUACAGAAUGUCAAAGAGGGGCUGACAGAAGACCAGCUUGCAAGAGAUGCAGGCUUUCGGUGACCGACUCUGGACCAUUUCUCCAAUCUCUACGGAAUGGAAACCAUGCCAACUACAACUCUACUCCUUUCCAAAAUACAUGGUCUCUGCUCUGAAUUGCCUGGCGUUAUCCUUGGCAUUGAAUUGUUCUGCUUUUCCGUCUGCCGAAUAAAUAU